UCGCCCGACCCACAAUGCACCUCGCCAAGCAAAGAUGGAGGACCCCAGCAGCUGCCGGAGCAGAACAAUGUUUUGCCUCUAGACUUUUUGGGGGAAAGCAGCGCGCAGAGACGAGCAGUCCGGCCUGAGGAGCGCCGUGUGGUCAUGCAGCGGAUGACACAGAUCACCACGCUGUAAUCGUCCCGCCAUGAGCAUCAUCCAAGACAAGCUAGGCAACGACUUCCUGCGCUCCAACGGCGGCAUGGACUCCAACUUUGGCCCCGGCAUGAUCAUGUUCAGCCACCUGCCGCCGGUCGCGAGCUUCACCCGCCUGGUGCCUCAGGAGAUGAUCUUGAAGAAGGAGCGGGACUCACCCGACUGCAUCGCUGGCUCCCUGAACGGCGGCGUGGGAGACUACGUCCACGCUCUCGACAUUAAGCAGGAAAAGGUGUCGGAGCACGAUUACCGCCUGCCGCUCUACCCGGGAGGGUUGGGGAAGAGCACGGAGCUGCUGGAGCUGACGGUCAACAACAACCAGAACCUGCUAAUGCACGAACUCAACAUGGCCAACCUGCCGGGUCAGUUGGGAAAGGAGCCCGCUGGGAGGAAAGGUCGGAGGUCAAACGGAGACGGCCCGGAGGGCAGACCGAGGAAGAAGCGAAGCGAGAAGCAGUCCAUGCUGCUGGAUGCAGACGGAGGCAGCUUGUCGCCGGGAAGCAAACCUCACAUCUGCGAGCACUGCAACGCUGCCUUCAGGAGCUCCUAUCACCUCCGCAGACACGUCCUCAUCCACACAGGUGAGCGACCCUUCAGGUGCAGCCAGUGUAACAUGAGCUUCAUCCAGAAGUACCUCCUCCAGCGCCACGAGAAGAUCCACAGCGGAGAGAAGCCGUUCAGCUGCGACCAGUGCAACAUGCGCUUCAUCCAGAAAUACCACAUGGAGAGACACAAGCGCACCCACAGCGGAGAGAAGCCGUACAGAUGUGAGACCUGCCAGCAGUAUUUUUCCAGGACAGACCGCCUGCUGAAACACAAGCGAACCUGUGGAGAAUUGCUAAGGAAAGGACUGGAUCCCAGCAUGGCGGACAUGUCCGGUUAUGAAGUCACUCAGGGACAUGCUGGCAGAAAAAGGGGGCGCUCCAAAAACCCUGGAGAGGGAGGAGCCCGGAAGAAGAAAAAGGCGGACGGAGUUACGCCUCACGUAUCAGGAGCAUAUAGCAUCCAGGAUUACACCGCUGACAACCAAACGCUGGCCUCGUCUACCGAGCCCGGUCCCAGCAUGCAACAGCACGGUCGCUCUCCAAAGAUGGCUUUCAAGAAGGCCCACCGGAAAGGUGUGGACAAAGGCAGCAAGGAGGACCUGUUGGAUCAGGGCGUGGAUCACGGCCUGGGUUUGAUGCAGGCCAAUGCUGCAAAAGUAGGCGGUACCACCAGCAGUAACUAUGACGACGCCAUGCAGUUUCUCAAGAAGCGGCGCUACCUAAACGCCUCGCACAACGUGACGACACCAGUGGGCGGCGGCGAAUACGACAUCAGCCUGUUGUCCUCGCACCCGUCUGUCAUCCAUGGCGCCGUGUCUGCCGUGAUGGACGGCGACGCCCCUCUCUGUCUGGACAAGUCUGUGAUUCCCGACGAGGUGCUGCAGAGCCUCCUGGACCACUACAGCCAGAAAGCAGACGGCUCGCAUCACGACAUCCACUUUGACAUCGGCGACCAGCACGUGGAGCUCCACCCCCCUGACACGCCCAGUCCGUCCGGGGACAAGAGCGUCCUGAUGAAUGAGUACUCACGUUUCCUGCUUCAGGCCCUGGAGCGCACCAGCCACACGGGUGGCUUCCCCCUCGGGCCCAGUGGCCCCGCUUCCUCUGGCGCCUUCGUGGCGGCCCAGGCGGCGAGCGCACUCUACUCGGACAAGAACGUCUACGCCGCGUCCCCGCUGGAGUGCGGCUUUGGCCCCUCGUCGACGUCGCCCAAGUCGCACUUUGCCAUGCUGGCGAGCUCCUCGCCGCAGCACGUCUUCCACCUGAGUGGCCUGGACCAGCAGCUGACCCCCUCACAGGAGCUGAGCGAGCAGAUGGAGAAGCAGCACUCCUCCACGCCGCCUUCCGCCUACCAGAUCAGCCCGUCAGACCUGAGCAGCCACAAGGACCGAGCCAAGACCGCCGUUUUCCCGCACACCUCCGCCAAGGAAGCCUAUCAGAUAGAAAACUUUGCGCAAGCUUUCGGUGCUCAGUUCAAGUCGGAAGAGCGCGGCCUGUCUUAUGGCGCCGACUCCGGUGUGGACGUAGACCACCGGAUAAGGACGUCCGUGUCCGUGUCCGAGUUCUCAGGGUACAGCAGCUUGUUGUCCGACGUCAGCGAGCCGGCCAGCUCAGCUUCUAAAACGUCGACGAGCCAAAGCUUCAGAUGAGACCACGCUGUACUUCAAGGUGUUAUUUUGUAUUUUUUUACUUCCUCUAAAUAUUGUUUAACUUAAGUGCUGGUCAACCUAGUAUUAUUUCUAUGUUCAUCUUCCACCAGCUGAUCCACGCUAGACAAAUGUUGCCAUGGCACAAGAACUUUUCUGUGUUACAAAUAUUACUCAGGAAACAGGAAGUUGCUAACAUGCUGAACACUGAAAACACUUUUUUACUCGGCGAUAAAGAGAUUAUGGUACAAUGUGAAACUCCUCUUUUCUCUCAAUAAUAUAUAUAUUUGUAUUAAAUACAGAGCUCACAAGAGGAAGAAUGAGGGCCGGUUUUAAUAAGGGCGCUCAUGAAAUGUUCUGGGUAUUUCUUUUAAAAGAACUAAAGUGACUUUAGGGCUUUAUGGCCAAGAGGGGGCGCUGUUGGACAACACACUUGCCUGCCCUGCUCUUCUACUCGCCAGUGUUGGCACCGCACUGCAGACAAAACUAGUUGCACUAUUACAGGGGAAAAGUUCAGUUGUCUUCUUAAAGGGAAAAAAAAUCGCUGCUAAAGAGAAUAAAGUUGUCAUUUUACAACAUCUUUAUUAUGAAAUAUUUGUUAAACAUGCCAACAAAAUCAGAUUUCAGUAAUGUUUUAGACUAAUCAUAAUAUGGAAGCAUCUCCCAAUAUUGUAUCAUGUCUUUUACUAGCAAUACUAUGAUGGAAUUAACUACAACUUUUACUGUAAACUUGCCUUUUCAGAAUUAAACACCUACUCAUAUUUUUUAGGCUAAUCUUUCUCACUAUGUAAUGACAUGAAUAAUAUUUCGUAGCAGCAUUUCUCUUAUUGUAAUUCGCACAGACUGAUUUUUCUUGUUAAAGUAGACAUCAUGUUACAUUUGUAUUCUUUGAAUGCAUCGUAAAAACAUCUCUGUAUGGUUAUAGAACAUUCACUCUGUUCAAUGUUUACAAUCCAAUAGCUUAGUUGCUCGGACAGUAAUGUGUUUAUUAGGAAUGUGAAUCUGUGGGCAUCUCCCAAUUCCAUUCAGAUCUGAUUCCCUAAGCAUUCUCCAUUCAAAAUCCAUACUUUUUAAUAACAUAAGGUGCCACUUCUAUGAUUAACUACAUUCCACUAUAACAGGGGUCACCAACCUUUUUGAAACCAAGAGCUACUUCUUGGGUACUGAUUAAUGCGAAGGGCUACCAGUUUGAUACACACUUAAAUAAAUUGCCAGAAAUAGACAAUUUGCUCAAUUUACUUUUGAUAAAUAAAUCUAUAUAUAUAUAUAUAAAAGGGUAUUUCUGUCUGUCAUUCUGUCGUACAUUUUUUUCCUUUUACGGAAGGUUUUUUUGUAGAGAAUAAAUGAUGAAAAAAACACUUAAUUGAACAGUUUAAAACAGAAGAAAAAAAUUAAAAUUUAAUUUUGAAACUUAGUUUAUCUUCAAUUUCAAUUCUUUAAAAUUCAACCGAAAAAAAUGAGGAAAAAAACUAGCUAAUUCUAAUAUUUUUGAAAAAAAAAAAAAUAAUAAUUUAUGGAACAUCAUUAGUAAUUUUUCCUGAUUAAGAUUAAUUUUAGAAUUUUGCUGACAUGUUUUAAAUAGGUUAAAUCCAAUCUGCACUUUGUUAGAAUAUAUAACAAAUUGGACCAAGCUAUAUUUCUAACAAAGACAAAUAAUUAUUUUUUCUAGAUUUUCCAGAACAAAAAUUUUAAAAGAAAUUCAAAAGACUUUGUAAUAAGAUUUAAAUUUGAUUCUACAGAUUUUCUAGAUUUGCCAGAAUAAUUUUUGGGAAAAUAAGUUUGAAGAAAUAUUUCACAAAUAUUCUUCGUCGAAAAAACAAGCUAAAAUGAAGAAUUUAAUUAAAAUAUAUUUAUUAUUUUGUACAUUAAAAAAAAUAAAAUUACUUGAACUUUGAUUUAAAUUGUCGGGAAAGCAGAGGAAGGAAUUUAAAAGGUAAAAAGGUACAUGUGUUUCAAAAUCCUAAAAUCAUUUUUAAGGUUGUAUUUUUUCUCUAAAAUUGUCUUUUUGAAAGUUAUAAGAAGCAAAGUAAAAAAAAAAGAAAUGAAUUUAUUUAAACAAGUGAAGACCAAGUCUUUAAAAUAUUUUCUUGUAUUUUCAAAUUCUAUUUGAGUUUUGUCUCUCUUAGAAUUAAAAAUGUUGAGCAAAGCCAGACCAGCUUGCUAGUAAAUAAAUACAAUUUAAAAAAAUAGAGGCAGCUCACUGGUAAGUGCUGCUAUUUGAGCUAUUUUUAGAACAGGCCAGCGGGCGACUCAUCUGGUCCUUAUGGGCUACCUGGUGACCCCUGCUCUAUAACAAACAGCUGUGAUACAUUUCUAUAUGUUUAAUUAAGUUAGCCCAAACAUUUGAUAAAGUCAAAAAAGGCAACAAGAGAAGUAUCUAACACUUCUCUUUUCUAAAGUAGAUACAUACAAUAUGAUUGGCUGGACAGAACACAUUGAAAAAUAAAUUAAAAAAACAUUGAUUUUUGUGAUUCCUCUGAAAAUUGAUUUGUUUGACACUCCUUGUGUUUGUAUAAGUUUAGACUGAAGUAUGUCGAUUCUUAAUGGGACAAGAUUAUUUGUUGCUUGUUUUCAUGUUAGCAUUUACUGAGCUAGCCACAGUCAGUCCGGAAUUUUAUCAAGGUUAUACCACAGUUAUCAUUAUUGCCGUUUAUUAGUACAUCCCUAGCCUCCUUUUCUGCCUGUGUUCUACUUUAAACUUGGAAUAUAAGUGUCUCUUUAAUACUAGGGACUUAAGUCACUAAAUGGUGCAACUUAUCACAUUUUGUCUUUGAAGUGAGGUACUAACACAUCUGUAGUCGAGCGCGUUUCAAAGCCUCCAAUUAGCACUUUGAGCCGUGUCCUUGCAUCUUGUCAAACUCAACGUCACAUAGUUUGUUUUUUCUGUCGAUGUUUGAGCACGAUGAUGGGAUUUGGGAGGGUAGAAAGUAGGUCUUAUCUUUGCUAUUUUCUCAUGGGGCCUGGGGGGUUGGCGGCCUUUAAAUGGAGUGGAUGUGAAAUGUCAUUGAGACCCCUUUAGUUGGACUUUAGCCCCGUUCCUAUUGAAUUUGAUGCAAGUGUUUGAAUUUGAACGCAUUUAGACUUUUUUCCAAGGCGUCGUGAAGCAAACUGUAGAAUUCAAAUUGGCUGCUUUCUUUGCGUGACACGUUUAGUCAAUGUUAGAUGUUUCUUUUCCAAAUGUAUUUAUGCCUUUUCAACAAAAGAACAAAAAAAGGUGACACGCUGUCUUCCAUGAACGUGACUGUGCUGACUCCCCCGCGGGUGGUCUGCUUCCUAUAUUAUAUACCUCAUAUCUCAGAGAUGCAAAGGCCUGAACGACUGAUGAGUUCUACAAAUGUCUUCGUGGGACUAUUUUUGUAACCACGUUUGAAGGCCAAUCAGUGUUCACGGUCCUCGUCUCUUAUUGUUUACAAGCCUUAGUAACACUACUUUGAAUGAUAUCAUACUGAACACUUUUACAUUGAUUCUUAUUGACAUGAUAUUACAACCGCCAAAUUUUGUAGCUGUUGAUUUGAGUCCAUACCUGUUCAAUGGAAUGACUUUAAAAGUGAUUAUGGAGGAAAUAAUAAAAAAAAAAAGUGCUAUGAUGAACUG